AUGCAUUUCGAACGGACGCCGCAAUCAUACUCCGCGCUUGAGACGCUUGUGUUAAAUCUCAGAAAUCAUGAUGGUGGGGAGAUACCUCGCAAAGUUCUGGAUGACCACACAGCUCUCCUAGAAGAACUUAGGGAUCGAGUCGAUGCCCUAACGCCUUCUAUGAACAGACAGGAUGCACAUUUUGCACAAGUCAUAGUAUCACUCCUUUUGGACUUGGACCAGUUGCCUGCAGUUUCUCCCCCUUUGGAUUCAGCCCUUCAAGCAUCUUCAUCCACUUCUCCUGACCUUGUCGUUCGAUGUCCCGCUGAUCUCUUAAGUACCCUAAAAAAGCAGCUUGGCGAUCUGCAAUUGGAAAGGAAGGCAAGGGCAAACAUUCUCUCCCCACAAUCCCCAGUACAAACUGUACAAACUGCGCUCCUUUGGUCCAAGAUUGAACGAAAACUGGACGCUGUAACAGCACUUUGUAAAGCUCGCGCCGAUUCCCGCCGUUCCCCCUCCUUAGAUCAUCUUCCCCCACAAUAUGACCACGCAGGUCACGACUUCGAGACACCCCCAGAAUACGAUGCUGAGUAUCAAUCAUCUUACGAGAAGGCUGGUAUACAGCCACCACGGUCGAUACCAUCUCCCAGCAUCCCCAACGAGAAAUUGCGGAUGGAUUUUGAUGCCGUGAUGCUGGCAAUCGAGCGUCUGUAUAUCGUUGCACCCCAGCUACACAACCAACGAGUGGAAUUGAAGAGCGCCAAGCUCGCCCAAAUGGAGCGUGCACGGCUUGAAGGUCCUAAAGUCCAGCCUUCUUUAUCUAAGGGCAAGCAGAAAGCUCAUGACCGGGAUAUGCGCGACCUUGACCAUAUGCUUGAGCUCAUCCGGAAAGCGUCAGACCGCAAGUUGACUGAUCAAUCGGUCGUCAUGGAUAGCAGACGAAUGGUCAGGUUCAGGCAAGCAAGGCAGGAGUACGAAAAUCAGCGAGGUGCAUUCGUCGACCAUCUUAUCCAACGCUCGGGAGCUGGGCGAUUGCAUGACCAGGAUGCCAUCCUGCAGCCCAAAGUUAGAGCACUGGAUGAACUCGUCACUCUCCCUGAGUUCAUUCGCGAAUCAAUGUCGGGUAUCCCACCCGAAUCGCGUCAACACACAUCUCCUUCUGGAGAUGCACCCGAGGAGCCGGUUCCUGACGUUUCGGCAAUGACUCACAAAAAGUCACGCAGUCGAAGCAUAUCUGCCCCACAAUGGUUGCGCCCUGCAGCGGAAUUUAGCCGACGGCUGUCUAAGAGCACCAGCAGACCGGGCUCGUCCCACGGGCUUAUCCAAUCUGGAACCGAAGAGUCGCAGCAACAAGGUACACACUUGGAUGUUAUCAUCGACAAAACUAACCAAAGUUCUGCAGGGAACAUUGCACUCAAUGUUUCAUAUGUCGCCGAAUAUCACGAGACCUUGAGACAUGUCCUUGUAUUCGUAGCAGUGUCAGGCAUUCCCGUUGACACAGAACUACAGGCUGAAGUGUUGCCAACGUCAUCCAGUGGGACUGAAGGUGAUUGGUUGGUGAUUAGGAGUUCUUGGGCCUCCUCGCCUCCACUAAGCUUGCCUGUCCGAGUCACCCCUGGAAAGAAAGAUGUUCAAAUUCGCCAAGGACACUACGAGCUCAAACUUGGGAUUGCGAACCCACAGGCGGCGAGGUCCUCUUCACCCGAUGAACCUACCCCGUUGAUGUCUGCUGAGCAACUCCUAUCAUCGAAGCCGACAUCCUGGUCCUGCAUAUCUUGCUCGCUCCCCCUCGUCCAUUGCCCAAAGUUGUUCAAAUACCGCGACCUCCCAUCAGAACAUUGGGAAGAACUUGUCGAUGCCUGGAUGUGCCAUGCAGACCAAACACUACAUAAUCACAUUGCGAAGCAUGGACGUGGUUUCUGGCCAGAGGAUAGCGAGGCUCUGGUUGGAGGUGGCUAUAUUCUCUUCCAGCAAUCGGCAAUAGUAUCCAACAACGUCUCCUGCACCGAACAGCCCCUGGUAAAUCCAUAUUUCUUAUUGAACUCGUGCUAUUGUAGGACGAACAAGAAGGCCGACGUUGGGCUUCCACCAGCGGCUGCUAGUCGAUCGUCGGUGCUCUGCCUUGAUACCUUAGAAGCCCCCGCAGGUUUCUUCGUACUAUCAAGUAGUGGGCGAGAUGGAGAGUCGUGGCUGGCACGAUGUAUAUGCGGCGCAAUAAUUGGUCGGCGGCAUGAACGACAUAGCCCAGAUGGCACAGCUUCAGGGAUGUACCGCCUGUUCAAGUAUGCGGUGCGGCCAGUGAGCCAAACAGUGGAACUUCCCCGAUUUCCAAUGUCUGCAUUCAUCAUGCAAGAUAUGCUCGAGCAUGUGUCUGCUCAUGCAACGUACCGCUUUGUUAUCUCUGAUGAAGAAGAGGAGCGGCCGCGAAUUUUGGUAUGGCUGUUCAAGCCGAGGAUUCGUGUUUCGUAUAUGCUGCCUACGUCAUACCUUAUUCCGAAACAGGGUUCCAUCGACGCGUCAAAAGUGUUGUACAAAAUUUUGGGGCCGUCGUCGUCAACGAUGGCUUUGAAAGACCUACUAUCUCGAUACCCCGGGUUUCCUCAAGCAGAGCACCUCUUCUAUCCAAUCGACGUCUGUCGCAAGCUCGCAGGGCUAUUGACGGAGAGCACGCAUUCGUAUCCAGAGAAUGUGAAGACAAUGACGGGUUUGGAUGUUGGCUGGUUAAAUCGUGGAUCCUGA